AUGCCGGCAGUGAGGGAAGAUACAAGGCACAGCUACGAGGAUGCCAUCAAUCUGUUGAACUCGACGCAGUCGGGUCACAAGGCCAUGGAAGAAAGGCGGCAUCACGGUCAGAAGCUGGAUGGAGGCGCGUUGAAGCAGAUGAAGUACUGGCUUGGAUGCCUUGGCUAUACUCCUCGCGAUCUGAACCGCAUGAACAUCGUCCACGUGGCCGGCACAAAAGGCAAAGGGACUACGUGCGCAUACACGAAUUCCAUACUUCAAAGCUUCCACAACGAGUCAAGCGCACCACGAAAGAUUGGUCUGUACACAUCCCCCCAUCUCUUAUCAGUACGAGAGCGAAUAAGAAUCAACUCAGAGCCUAUCUCAGAGGAGCUCUUCACUCAAUACUUUUUCGAAGUAUGGGAUGCCCUAUCUGCAAAACAGGAACUGGGUCAUGAAGAAAAGCCAACUUACUUCCGAUUCUUGACCCUAAUGUCAUUCCACGUCUUCAUGCAAGAGAAUGUCGACGCAGCCAUCUACGAGGUCGGGGUUGGCGGUGAGCUUGACUCGACAAAUAUCAUCGAUCAGCCGGUGGCAGUUGCCAUCACGACGCUGGGAAUAGAUCAUGUACAGACUCUCGGUAACACGAUUGAGCAAAUCGCAUGGCAUAAGGCGGGGAUAAUGAAAAGGGGGUGCCCUGCUUUCACCGUAGGUCAAGACGCUGCAGCGAUGAAGGUUUUGAGUGACAGAGCAAUCGAGAAAGGGGCAAACCUGAUGAAGAUAAACCUGAUACCGGCUCUUGGAGAGAUCAGCAUUUACCCAGACGAAUCUUUCCAAAAGGGGAACGCCUCCCUUGCUAUUCACCUAGCAGGGGCCAUUCUUGAGAGAUGGGGGGCACCUAUUUCAUGGGGCGGUGAUUAUCUUCCAAGCCAGGUUAAACGUGGAUUGGAGACCAUGGUCUGGAGGGGCAGAUGCGAAAGAAAGAUUACGGGAAAUAUUCGCUGGCAUCUAGAUGGGGCUCAUAAUGAGCAAAGCCUCGAAGUCGCUUGUCGGUGGUUUAACACGGCCACCCGGUACUCGAACCUUCCGUGUGCACUAGUCUUCAACCAACAGUCCACGAGAGACGCCCAUGCUCUGCUGAAAGUGGUGCACGAGAGCCUGUAUCAAACCAACAAGACUAGGUUUCGAUAUGUUGUGUUCUGCACCAACGUCACCUUCAAAACCCGACAGUCCAAAUCUGAUCUCACCAACUUCAACGUCAACCCCGCAGAGCUCAAAUCUCUCCAGGCGCAGAAGGAGAUGGCAGAAACUUGGAGACGCCUCGAUCCUGUCGCUAGGGUGCUUGUGGUUCCCACCAUUGAGGAUUCUACCGACUUCGUACUGAACAUUGGCGGCGGGGGUUCAGAGAUUAACGUCUUGGUUACUGGGAGCUUUUACCUUGUCGGAGGUUUACUUUCACUGCUCGAGGACACCAUUCCUUGA